AUGGUUCCUUUGGCAGCUGUAGAUCUGCUCUCCACCGCUCAGGUCAAUGUUCCAAACUACAAAUGUGGCAGGCGAAAUCAUCUGCUGGCCAUCCUUGAAGCACUGGACUCCGACAAUUCCAUGGAGCUUGCCAACAUGUUGGGAACCCAUAAAGUCCCACAGAGUAAUUAUGCUUUGGCUUCUCAGGUCCUGAGUAGUAAAGUUCAGUUUCCAUUUUUCUACCGGAUGAUCCCUGAAGAAAGGAUCCAGUAUGCAGGCAUUGUCAAGUUCCUGCUGCAUUUCAGAUGGAUGAUCGUUAGUCUCUUUUCCAUGGACACGGAGAAUGGAGAUAACUUCGCUGCCUCAGGGAUGCUGAAGGCCAAAUGCCCCUUGAGCUUGGAAGAGGAUGCAGGAUUUUCCCCAAAUCAUUACAGUCCAGGAGACUUCCUCAUUAGUGCAGUCACCUCUGCUGCCUAUUCUAUGCCUGUACUAUGCACCUUCAAUGAGCUUCCCUCUGAGAGACUUCACUGGAAAGAGUUCACAAACUACUGGGCGUGCCUUUCCUUCUUGCUCACCAUCCAGGAAAUAAACCAGGAUCCAGGGCUUUUGCCCAACCUCACCCUGGGCUACAACAUCCACGAGAACUCGUUUGAUGCAAGACUGACUUCGGAUGUUCUUCUGGACCUGCUCUCUCCUGGGCAGGGAAAUGUUCCCAAUUACAACUGCGGAAAGCAGAAUCACCCACUGGUCAUUCUGGAAGGAGCUGGAUCUGACUUCUCAAUGCAGAUUUCCACCAUCAUGGGCAUCUACAAAGUCCCACAGGUUCUGAAUGAUAAAACUCAGUUCCCGUUUUUCUACCGGAUGGUCCCAGAGGAAGGAGUCCAAUACCCAGCGAUUGUCAAGUUCCACCCUUUCCUGAGGAACCCCCAAUUUUACAACACCUCCCUCAUCAAUGGAGUAUAUUUGGAUGAGAAUGGAAACUUGUCAGCCAACUUCGACCUCCUCAACUGGGUGAAGUUUCCCAAUGAGUCCAUCAUCACUGUGAAGUUUGGGAGUUGCAAGAGACAGGGGUCUGCAGACUUCAGGCUGACCAUCGACCACAAUGCCCUCGAGUGGCCAAACAGGAGGAACAAGCCUCUCCCCCAGUCCAGGUGUGUGGAGAGCUGUCACCCAGGAUUUUUCAAAGUGCCCCAGGAAGGAAAGCCCAUUUGCUGCUAUGACUGUGCUCCCUGUGCAGAAGGGACCAUCUCCAUUCUGGAAGAUGUAGCCCAUUGCACCAAGUGUCCGGAAGAUCUGUAUCCAAACGAGGGUCAGGACCGAUGCAUCCCAAAGGCCAUAACAUUCCUCUCCUAUGAAGAACCAUUGGCAAUUGUCCUUGCAUCCAUUGCCCUGUUUUUGUCUUUCAUCACAAGCUGUGUGUUGGUGCUCUUCACCAAAUUCCUAGAAACUCCCAUUGUCAAAGCCAACAACCAGGACCUCUCCUACAUUCUCCUUGUCUCCCUCCUGUUUUCAUUCAUGUCCUCUUUCCUGUUUAUCGGCCGGCCAAGCGAGGUGACUUGCUUUCUCCAGCAAACGGUCUUUGGCAUCAUCUUCUCAGUUGCUGUCUCUGCUUUGCUGGCCAAAACCAUCAUGGUGGUGCUGGCCUUCCUGGCCACCAAGCCAGGAAACAGGGUCAGGGCAUGGCUGGGGAAGAGCCUGGCCAACUCCAUUGUCACCUCCUGUUCUGGUGUCCAGGUUCUCCUCUGCACCGCAUGGCUGGCCACCUCUCCCCCAUUCCCUGACGCAGACAAGCACACCCUGCCUGGGCAGAUCGUCUUGCAGUGCAACGAAGGCUCUGUGGCCAUGUUCUACACUGCCCUUGGCUACAUGGGCUUCCUGGCAGCCAUCUGUUUCACGGUGGCCUUCCUGGCCAGGAAGCUGCCUGGGUCCUUCAAUGAGGCCAAGCUAAUCACCUUCAGCAUGCUGGUCUUCUGCAGCGUCUGGGUCUCUUUUGUGCCCACCUACCUGAGCACAAGGGGCAAGUACAUGGUGGCUGUGCAGAUCUUCUCUAUCAUGGCCUCCAGUGCUGGGCUGCUCGCCUGCAUCUUCCUCCCCAAAUGCUACAUUAUUCUUCUAAGGCCUGAUCUGAACACAAAGGAGCAUCUCAUGGUGAAAACUACAGAUUAA